AUGGUACUUCAGAGCUUCACCUGGGUGACCAUCAUCCUCUGCUUUGUGCAUGUGAGCACAGUACCCAUUACAUGCGGACUCCAGAGAAGAUUGGUUGAAAAAUCUCACAGCCUGCUAGAGAGCAUGAGUGGUCUCUUUCCUGUGGAGUGCCUUGAGCAUAAUCUUCCGAUUGCAUUCCCGUCCUCUGCCUUUAUGACCUCUGAGGCAGCAGAAAGUGCUGGAGCAGAGAAGGUGGCUUAUGAAACUCUCAAAUUGAUCGACACUCUUUUUGCGAAUGACUCUAUGCCGACCAGCUGGAACAAUCUGGAGGAUUUCCAGGAGAUUAUUUACCGUCAGAUUGAGGAGAGCGAAUGCAUUAUGAGCAAAACCCAAUCACCCAAGGAUGAUUUCCCUACAAGAAAUGCGGCGCUGAAAACGUACUUCGACAAAAUAGCAACAAUUUUGAAAGAAAAGGAAUCCAGUGAUUGUGCGUGGGAGGUGGUUCGAAAGGAGAUAUUAUACACACUCAAAUUUAUUCUCCAGAGCUCCAACUACCUUAUUUAG